AUGGCCGAUACAACAGUACCUGUUAGCGAGUAUUUGCAAUUUAUAAACCAUGCUACCACUAUAGUCAGAAGCAAGAUCUCAGGCUCGCCCAUGGCGAAACCACGAGUCUUGAUCAUUUGCGGCUCAGGAUUAGGUGGAAUCGCAGACAAGUUGGCCGCAUCGAGCAUAAUUGAGAUUGAUUACCACGAUAUUCCAGGUUUCAAAACGUCGACGGUGCCAGGCCACGCGGGGAAGUUAGUAUUUGGAGUCAUGGGCUCGAAUAAAGUGCCCGUGGUGUGCAUGGUGGGCAGAUUGCAUUUUUACGAAGGCUACACGUUCCAACAGACGACUUUCCCCGUUCGUGUUGCUGCCCAAUUGGGGGUUUCGAUUGUCAUUGUUACCAACGCCGCUGGAGGCGUCAACUCAAACUACCACGCGGGCGAAUUGAUGUUGAUUGAAGAUCACAUCAACUUCCCCGGGUUAGCAGGCUGGCACCCGCUUCGAGGACCAAACUUGGAAGACUUUGGGCCUAGGUUCUUGCCUCUUUCCGACGCUUAUGACCAUGAGUUGAGAAGACUCUUUAUGACCACUGCACAAGAGGAGUUGGGCGUAGAGAGAAAGAUCAACGAGGGGACGUAUUUUUUCGCUGCGGGACCAACGUUUGAAAGCCGAGCUGAAGUGAGAAUGAUUAGGACACUCGGUGGUGACGCCGUGGGUAUGUCUACUGUUCCAGAGGUGAUUGUUGCUCGCCAUUGCGGAUUAAAAGUGCUUGCAUUGUCGUUGAUCACCAACGACGGUGUUGGCGAGAAACCACCAGGUGCGUUGGAGGAGAACCCUAGAGCGUUGAGUGAAGGUAUGGCUAGCCAUGCUGAAGUGCUAGAGACUGCUGAUGCAGCCUCGAAAGACGUUCAAAAGGUCAUUGAGGCUGUUGUUAAUAAGUUAUAG